AUGAUCCUACGUAACCAGCUCUUCACAUUGGAACCUCAUGCCACAAGAUCAGCGAAGUGUCCGCUUGGUCUUGGAGGUAUCGACCUGAAGCCUUGGAGCCUGAAUCCUCCUCAAGAAGCAGCAGUUCGCGGUUCCUUAGAGGAUGCAUUGUCACUGAUCCAUGGUCCGCCUGGGACGGGCAAGACAACCACAGCUGCAGCCCUCUGUGUGCUCUAUGCUUUGUGGAAUCUUGACUGCGGCCACGUGGCUGCCGUGCUGUAUUGCACUCCAAGCAAUGAUGCUGCGGACGUUGCUUGUCUUCGUGUUGCUGAGUCCUCGGCAAGGCAUUUCCAGGCCUUGGCUACCAGACGGCGCCAAGAGGUGGUGGCAGCUGGGACCAGCGAAGACUGCCCAAUUUGCUUCAACGGUGGCUGCGAUGCCAUCACGGCUUGCGGCCAUCAGUUCCACCGCAACUGCCUUGAGCAAGCUCGCGCAGCCGGGAACUCAAGUUGUCCCCUGUGCCGCCGCCCUUUGCGCCAGUCUGAAGGAGGCUUGACAGCGCUGCGCGUCUACAGUGCGGAGAUGGAGCGUGGAGACUUCCCAGUGCCAAAGCGCAUCGAUCACCCCAGUGCGAAGCCGCGGAAAGUCAAGACAGUUCCAGAGGCCAUGCGCCCGUUCGCGCUUCAUUGGCGAUGCCAUGGCCGAGCACCGGGUGUAGAGCCCACGCCGGAAGCCUUGGAAGUCAGCGCUGCCUACGAUAGAAUGCUUCAAGCGGGCCUGGGCAGUUCCAUGUUUGAUGAGCUUCGCAUGGAGUACUACUUGGCUCUCUCAGCUGCUCGCGCUGCGGAGCUGCGACGUGCAGAUGUGGUCUUUGCUACUUGCAUUUCGGCGCGACGCGGCGGGCUUGCAGCGGCUUUGCAGGCGCGCGGGGCCCCUGAGCUGUUGCAAGUGGUGCUGGACGAGGCUGGUCAAGCACCGGAACCAGAAGCACUAUGCCCAAUGACAUUGGCAAGAAAUGCGAAAAAGAUCGUGCUAGUUGGCGAUCCAAAGCAGCUUCGGCCAAUCAUCAUCAGCCCACACGCAGAGAGAAUGGGGCUCAACAUAUCAUUGCUAGAGCGAUUGAGCGAAGCCCCAGCGGGCAGACCUCGGCUUCUCUCUCUGCAGUAUCGGAUGCAUGAGGACCUCAAUGCAUUUCCAGCGGCAUACUUCUACGGCGGGCGGGUCCGCACUGAUCCAGCUGUUUUGGCACGCCCGCCGGGGCACUUGGCACACCCAACACGGCCCACUACACCAAAGCCCUUGCUUUUCUGGACGUCCGGUACCGGACCCUCUGAGCAGAUUUCGCAGGUUCGGAGCUCAGCUGCCAGCGCAAAGUCUCGCUUCAACCUGGCGGAGGCUGAGCGCGCUGCCUCCCUGGCGCGUGCGUUGGCUACCAAAGUCGGCGGGAGCCGUGUCGCCGUGCUGACCUGGUACAACGCACAGGUGGCACACUUGAGUGAAGCCCUAUCUGGGACUUCAAUUCACGUUGGCGGUGUGGUUUCCUCACAGGGCAAUGAAUGGGAUUAUGUUCUUCUGUCAACGGUGCGCAACUCCCCUGGUGGACUUGGUGCGUUGGAGGAUGAGCAUCUGCUGGAUGUGGCCUUGACCAGGGCACGCAAGGGCAUGUGUGUGCUUGGUGCGCCUGAAACGCUGAGACGCGUAGCUGCAUGGUCCUGUUUCAUAGACCACUGCGAAUCGCGUGGCCUCAUGACUGCUUUUCAGCCCAUUGUUCUUCCAUAG